AACAAACCAUCACAAUCGGCUCACUUGUUCUCGGGAAUGUCUUUUUCCCACUCUUCUUCUAUCUAAAAACGAUUCGCAUUCCUAAAAAGCUAUACACUUUUUAGUCUUUAAAAAACUGUUGCUGCACAUGUGUGAGUUCAUCGUAAUUGUCUCCGAGGGUUCAAACUUAUCGUUAAACUUGUGUCUUUAGGAGUAAUCAAGAUCAAUGGGGAUUCAAGCUGAUAAGAAGUUCACUUGGGUGAUUAAGGAUUUCAACUCUUUGGAUGAAGGUACUGAAAUUUAUUCUGAUAUAUUCGUGGCUGGUCGCUGCAAAUGGCGUCUAAUGGCAUAUGCCGCCUAUCCCAAGGGUUCUCAUAAGUAUAAAUGUGGUAAACAUCUAUCUCUGUUUUUAUGUGUUUUUGAUUCUGAAUAUUUACCUUCCGGAUGGAGAAGACACGCUAAAAUUUCCUUUAAAGUGGCAAAUCAAAUUCCUGGAGAACUCUCCCAUAUGCGAGAAGCAGAAUACUGGUUUGAUCAAAAGAACACAAUCUUGGGUUUUAAAUCCAUGAUUGGAAUUUUGGAGAUUCAGGGUAAUGGGAUUAUGGUAACCGGAGAAGUAAAGAUUGUUGCAAAAGUAGAUGUUCUUGAAUUUGAUGGUGAAGUAGAUGUUCCAGAGGAAACAGAAGGCAUUGAUAUCAAUGGGUUUCAAGUUCCUGCUUCACAAGUAGAAUCUGUGAACAGUCUGUUUGAAAAGAUCCCAGGCUUUGCAUCAAAACUCUCUCCUAAGAACCCACAUUUGCAGAAUACAUACUUGAAUGUUGUACUAAAUCUGACUGAGAUUUUGUGCAAGUCCCCUGAGGAACUUUCCAAUGGGGAUCUGGCCGAAGCAUAUUCUGCACUUCGAUUUGUGACAAAUGCAGGGUUUAAGUUGGAUUGGUUAGAGAAGAAACUGAAAAAGAUUGGUGAGACUCGGCUGGAAGAAAUUGAGGAAGAGUUGAAGGACUUGAAGGUGAAGUGUGCAGACAUGGAUGCUCUGCUUGAGUUCUUACGAUGAUGACUAAGGAAGUUAAGACUUUGGAUCUAGAGAAUUGGUGUUUUGGUCGGUUGUUUGUUUUUUCGUCUUAGUUUUGAAACAGAGUCCUUUUAAAUUUGGGGAACAAUCAAGAGGACUUGUUUUCUGGU